AUGCUGAAGGAUCUCGGGCUCCUCGGACACCGUCCGAACAUAGCGUGGCUUCAAUUUCUUCGAUGAAGAUUCUGCUUCUGCAGGAUCAAACAGGAUGCACGCCAGUCUUAGCUGCAUCCAUCUCCCUGUUUUAGCCUCUUCCAUCAUGGAUCUCAGCCUCUGCGGCUACUUGUCCACCACUAGGAUUUUCGCCCACUACAGGACCAACCCGCUAACCGGAUCGGGCGAAUCGAGGCAAUCUUAUACGAAGGCUGCAGAGGCCAAGCAUUCCUCACACCAUGGGGGCCAAAUGAUGUUGUCUCGGGGCAUGGAUGGAUAGUUUACGCAGGA